UGUUUAGUGUAUGACAGUGUUUACAGUGCGCGGUGCUAACUAACCCAGUCAGCAGAAUAAACCAGCCGGAUGAGUGUUCAGAGGUGACAUUUAUGACAAGAAUCCGCUGAGGAGACCUGAAGGGAACCGACGCGACGCGUCAUCAGCGCGUGGAAAAGUGCCAACUCAUGAUCGCCAAGGCGAGACAGACAGGUGAGCAUCAGUGAGAGCACCGCGCAACGCGAUCAUGGGGCGCUACAGCGGCAAGACGUGCCGCCUGAUCCUGAUGCUGGUCAUCACCGUCAUCUUCUUCGUGGCGGAGAUCGUAGCGGGGUACAUGGGCAACUCCAUCGCGCUGGUGUCGGACUCGUUCAACAUGCUGUCGGACAUUCUGUCGCUGUGCGUCGGGCUGACGGCGGCGCGGGUGUCGCGUCGCGCGGGCUCGGGGCGCUUCACUUACGGCAUGGGCCGCGCGGAAGUGGUGGGCGCGCUGGCUAACGCCGUGUUCCUCGCCGCGCUCUGCUUCUCUGUGUCCAUGGAGUCGCUGAAGAGGCUCGCCAUGCCGCAGGCCAUCGAUGACCCGCCGCUGGUGCUGAUCGUGGGCUCGCUGGGGCUCGCGGUGAACGUGCUCGGGCUGCUGAUCUUCCAGGACUGCAGCCGCUGCCUGCGCGCGACGCGACGGAACGACGCUCCUGUGCCGCGCGACGCGGAGGAGGAAGAAACAGCGUGACUGAUGUGUGAGCCUCAGGCAGAGCUGGCGCUUUGUGUUUGUCCUGGAUCUUCAGAAGUG